GGUUAUCGUGACAGGUCUGUGGUUAUCGCGACAGGUCUGUGGUUAUCGUGACAGGUCUGUGUUCAUGGCGACAGGUCUGUGGUUAUCGUCUGUGGUUAUCGUGACAGGUCUGUGUUCAUGGCGACAGGUCUGUGGUUAUCGUGACAGGUCUGUGGUUAUCGUCUGUGGUUAUCGUGACAGGUCUGUGUUCAUGGCGACAGGUCUGUGGUUAUCGUCUGUGGUUAUCGUGACAGGUCUGUGGUUAUCGUCUGUGGUUAUCGUGACAGGUCUGUGUUCAUGGCGACAGGUCUGUGGUUAUCGUGACAGGUCUGUGGUUAUCGUCUGUGGUUAUCGUGACAGGUCUGUGGUUAACGUCUGUGUUCAUGGCGACAGGUCUGUGUUCAUCGCGACAGGUCUGUGGUUAUCGCGACAGGUCUGUGGUUAUCGCGACAGGUCUGUGGUUAUCGCGACAGGUCUGUGGUUAUCGCGACAGGUCUGUGGUUAUCGCGACAGGUCUGUGUUCAUGGCGAAAGGUCUGUGGUUAUCGCGACAGGUCUGUGGUUAUCGUGACAGGUCUGUGUUCAUGGCGAAAGGUCUGUGGUUAUCGCGACAGGUCUGUGGUUAUCGCGACAGGUCUGUGGUUAUCGUGACAGGUCUGUGGUUAUCGCGACAGGUCUGUGUUCAUGGCGAAAGGUCUGUGGUUAUCGCGACAGGUCUGUGGUUAUCGCGACAGGUCUGUGGUUAUCGCGACAGGUCUGUGGUUAUCGUGACAGGUCUGUGGUUAUCGUCUGUGGUUAUCGUGACAGGUCUGUGGUUAACGUCUGUGUUCAUGGCGACAGGUCUGUGUUCAUCGCGACAGGUCUGUGGUUAUCGUCUGUGUUCAUCGCGACAGGUCUAUGUUCAUGGCGAAAGGUCUGUGGUUAUCGCGACAGGUCUGUGGUUAUCGCGACAGGUCUGUGGUUAUCGCGACAGGUCUGUGGUUAUCGCGACAGGUCUGUGGUUAUCGUGACAGGUCUGUGGUUAUCGCGACAGGUCUGUGGUUAUCGCGACAGGUCUGUGGUUAUCGUGACAGGUCUGUGGUUAUCGCGACAGGUCUGUGGUUAUCGCGACAGGUCUGUGGUUAUCGCGACAGGUCUGUGUUCAUGGCGG